UUCAACGAAUGUUUCUAACACCGUCCACCGAUUGACUGUCCAACAUUAAUCGGACCACAAAUGUCAUAAACCACAAAUAACGUACCAACCUCAUAGUAUUUGAAUUUGGAGAGAAAUGUGCCUGACAGAUCGUAUAAACGGGUUGGGGUGCUAAGCGUGGAUGGUGUUAGGCUGGGCAUGGCAGGAUAUGGGGGGCGGGGUAGGCGGUGAGGUGGGGGGCGGCGAUGCGCGCGCGCACGCUGCUGCUCGCGCUGGCUGUGGCGCUGGCGGCAACAGCGCGAGAGUUGCGUGUACUACAGGACGCACGGACCUCGUUCUAUCUGGCGAUCGCCGCACCGUCUUCAGCCUCCGACUUUGUGCGCACCUUCAAUCGUACUCUCAGCGAUCUAUCCCAAACCUAUCUCGCCGGGGAUUAUCCCCUCUAUUUACGCAAUAUCACGCUGUUACCGCUGUACAUCGAGCUGCCAGAAGAUGAAAGGUUCAGUGCGCGGGUAUUGGAAGAGACGUGUGCAGCACUGGAGGGGCGGAGGGUUGCAGCGCUUCUUGUUUGUGGUGGAGGCUCUGCUGCUGCUGCGCUGGUUUCAACAGCCUCCCGCGCAGGUGUUCCAGUUAUCCGCGCAUCACCAUCUCACUUGCGGUUCGCCUAUACCAUCGCUAAUGAACUGCUGCCUUUGGAGGUUCGACUGGAGAUAACAGCAAGAGAAACAUUACAUGCACUCAGAGCCACUCUACUGCACACCCAUUGGCAUACCUUUACUUUGCUUGCUGAAGAAAACAUAUAUUUAACGCUAUCGCUAAGGAAGGAUCUCUCUUCAAUCCUUACAACUCAACCGCUUAAUCCUAAAUGGCUCUCGCUUCCUUCGAAUUAUACACGCCGUGCCAUCUUUAGGCGACUUGCCGAAGUCUCGAGACUGACACGGGAUAGCUCCUUUGCAAAGGCUGCUGUCAGAAUGAUGGUUGGAGCACUCAGGCGUGUACUUCGCGCAUGCGACGCGUGGUCUGCUCAAGCACAAUUUUUUAGCGACGCAGCAGCAUCUUGUUGGGAUGAACCCCCAGUGAUGCGCAUCAGACUUUUCCAUGGAGUUUGUGAGGUAAUUAAUAUAUAA